AGAGUUUGAGUUGGGAUCUUAGAGGGUGUGGUGUAGAUCAGUCAUGGCUUUGGUUGGUGCCAAUGGUCUUAGCCUUCCAACUACUUACUCUUCUCUAUCAUACCAUUUUCGCCCUAAGUUGCAAUUCGGCUUCAAUUAUAGAGCUUUGAAGACGUCUCUGAGGUUCUUGCCUUCUCUUCGAGCAAUGGGUUCGUCUCCUUCUUCUUCUUCUAAAGCCGAUGAUGUUCAAGAAGGAGAUAAAAUGGAUUCUGUAUUGAUAAGUGAAGAAGAGUGGAAGAAGCGUCUUACAAAAGAACAAUUUUACAUCACUCGACACAAGGGAACUGAACGAGCUUUCACUGGGUAUGAUUUGUACUGCCUGAAGCAGUCUAUUUUUUUGCCAUCUUUAUCAUUAAAUUUUGGUUUUACUUUCCAAGAAAGAUUUAACUAUUGUACAUAG